AUGUUCAUUACAAUGCCAAGAAUAACUAGUUCAGCUUCAAAUACAUCCCCUGAGAAAUCAUCUACUACAACAGCAACUAAUACUACGACUACUACAACGACUACUACUACCACUACUGCAACUACGGGCACGUUGAGUUCAUUAGAUAGAAAUAAUUCUACAAUCACAAGCAACAAUAGAAUAUGCCAAUGGUAUUGUUGUUCUUGUGGACAAAGUUAUGGCACAGUCUUGUAUAAAGAUGAUUAUAAUUCAUUCCAACCAAAUGGUGAACCAGAACAACAUCGUGCAACCACUUUAGAUUCUUCUAAUUAUAUCCUUGAUAAUCUAAAAUACUACAGUCAAGUAGUGUAUCGAGAUCACAAACACGUUCUAUCGAAUGGUAGUUCGAGUAAUGAUAAUUCAACCAAUUAUUUCAAUUUCAAAGAUAGAGGAUCAGUAUCUUCAACCUCUUCAACUACUUCUCAUCAACCAAUUCCAAUAUCCAACACUUCAUCAUCUACUAUUCCUGCAGAUCAAAGAAAAUAUUCUUUGGAAAAUCAUUCCCCUGAAAGUCCCACUUUUCUACCUCAACCAUCAAGUCAUAUUUUAUCUCCAUUAAACAUAGAAUUGAAUGAUAAUCUAAUCGACUACCAGGAAAAAAUCAUCCUAAAUAUUCCAACCAGAUUCACUUGCCAUCGAUGUUCUCAUAUGAUGUGUCCAUAUUGCCCCAAAUUAAGGUUAAAAGAUCUACAUUGA